AGGCAACUGCCUAACAACUAUGUAAGUGUGCUUAUGACUGCUGCGCUAUUAGGUGACCUUGCCCUUCUAUUGCGCCUUGCCAGCUACAUUCUACGCGCUCUUGAACCCCUAGACACCGCCCAAGGCAUGACUUGCUGGCUCCUUAGUCACCAAGUAUCAGUUAAUACUAACGCUCUGCUAGAUUGCCUCUGCCUAUCGCCUUAUAUAGACGCUAUCUAUAAGACAGGCACAUAGUCCAGAUGUAGUAUUAAGCUAAUACUACUAUAUUUAUCCCUUGUAUAUAGUAACAAGUUAACUAUAAAACUCCUAAUUUACAAGGAGGCUCUAUAGGAUUAGCUGCACAGUAGCUACAAGGGUCUUACUAUACUAUAUAUAAUAGCUAUAGGUUAUAGAACAGAAAUAAUAUAGACUAUUAACUAGUGUUAUAGUUUAUAGAGGGACACAGUUUCAUAGUCUUUACCACGCCUAUCUCUCCACAGGGCCCAAGGAGGAGGAGGGGGCUGUGCAGCUGGUUUCUGGGCUCAUCAGACUGGGGGAGCUGGUUCAUAUAACAGACGGAAGUUGAAUAUCAUAGCGAGUGUAGAAAGAGAGGAAAAGGAUUAAAGAGAGCCCAAAAGCAUCACUGGACAGUUGACAACAAGGCGGAUGUUGGGUGGGCGCAGCGGAUCAAAGACUGGGGGGCCACGGAAAAGUUCUGGUGCCUGAGCUGAUGGUAUUUGCAACAGAUUGCAUGGAAUGGAGACUUGCAGACGCAUUGGCUACGGUGUAUGAGGAGGCUUUUUAGG